ACAGACAAGUGGGCCAAGUUUUGUGGCCCACGGUUCAGUGAGUAGUCUAAGUAUAAAAUGGUGGUCCCCUGCUUCCUUCUCUCCCCGUUUCGGCCUUUCCCUCCCCGUCCGGCCGUCCAUUUCUGACUACCCUUGAUCGAAGUGGCGGCUGGCCGCCAGAGCACAAGCUGAAUACGCAUCCGUCUGCGGCGGCGGCGGCUGGGCACGCCGGCAUCCAAGGAGGCGGAGGCUGCGACGGGUGUGCGCACCGGUAAUCCAAGGCGGCGGCGGAGGAGGAGGAGGUUGCUUCUCUUCUGAACGGCGCACGAGAUUUGGCCGCGCCUUUGCCGGGAUGGAGGAAGGAAGCCCGGCGCCGGCGCCGGCGGCCUCGGCCUACCUCCCCGACGACGUCGUCGUCGAGAUCCUCGCGCGGCUGCCGGCCAAGCCGCUCCACCGCUUCAAGUGCGUCUCCCGGACCUGGCGCCGCCUCAUCACGGACCCCGCCCACUCCCGCAGGUUCGCGCAGACCCUGUCGGGCCUCUUCUUCUCCCUUGGGUACGAGGCCGGUCCGCCCUGCUUCGCCGGUUUGCACACGCCUCCGCCUCCUGGAGUCGACACGGCUCUCUCCUUCCUGCCCCCCAGCUGCGGCGAGAUCGAGCUGCUCGAUUCCUGCAACGGGCUCCUACUCUUGCGAUGCUCGCGCUCCCGCAGGUCAACUCGGAUCCCCUUCUAUGUCGUGUGCAAUCCGGCCACCGGAAACUGGGCUACCUUGCCCCAACCUAGCCACGCCCCAGGGGAGAGGGGCUAUGAUGAUGAACUCAUGGCAAACAAGAACACCUGCAAUGCUGCACUAGGCUUUGAUCCGGCUGCCUCCUCGCAUUUCCAUGUGCUUCAGCUGGUGGAAAAGGAGGACCAAUAUGAGGAUAUCGUCGUGGCGAUGGAGAUUUACUCAUCCGAAACUGGCAUAUGGGUUUUCAAGGAGCCGCGCGCCGGGGACGAAUGACGGAGUCAAUGACACCUACUCCGCAGCGCUAGGCUUUGAUCCGGCAGUCUCCUCGAAUUUCCAUGUGUUUCAGAUGGUGCAGGAGCAUUACUACGACGAGGACUUGUUUGUCGUGGCGGUGGAGAUUUACUCAUCCGAAACUGGCAUAUGGGUUUUCAAGGAAAGCAGAUGGAGUGAGUGGGACAUCCGAUUCACCGGACAGAUGACCUAUUUCAAUGGCUUCCUGCACUUCUGCAUCGCCUCCAACGCGGUGGCCUCGGUGGAUACACAGGGCCAGGCGUGGAGGGUCUCCCGUGUGCGGCACAAUGCAGUUUAUGGCUAUAGCUCUUCUAUCAGCCAUUCUCAGGGGCGCUUGCUUUAUGUUGAUAACAAUGUCUGGCAGAAUGAUACCCUGUCAAUCUAUAUUCUCGAGGACCACAAUAGUGAGGAGUGGACAUGGGCCUUCAAGCAAAGUAUCUACAAGCCGGAUCUAUUUGGACCAAGACCAGCACAAGGGGGCUGGGACUACUACAUAGCUGCAUUUCAUCCAAACGGCGAUUUGGUUUUCUUCUAUGAUGAGCGUCAGAAAAGACUGAUGUCCUAUGACAUGAAACACGGACAUGUGCACGUUAUCUGUACUCUUGGAGAAGUGCUCAAACUUGUGCAUGGAGAAUAUUAUGACGUGCGUCGCCUGUUUUUACCUUAUGUUCCAUUGUACUCAGGGGCAUUAGCAUCGCCUAGUAUCAACUAGAAAUGCUUCGCAUC